AUGCCGAUCGAGUCAGUCACGGUCAUCCGCAUCGUGAGUACAGGUUCAGUUCCGAUCUGGUGCCGUCUCCGGCCGUCACUCUCCUCGUCAACCGUUCAUGAUCCCUGCUCUGUCUCAAAUCUGACCAGCAGGCUGCGGCGGCACGGCGCCGCGGGAGCAAGAUCGGUGUGCGCCGCCGGGAGGAUGCUCGGCUCCGUCAGAUACGGCACCGGGGCGGGUUUGGGCAGUAAGCAAGCCGAUGCGGAGGUGGCCGCGGUGCCGCCGUCGGUGCCCGUCCGAGUCGCCUACGAGCUGCAGCUGGCCGGCCACCGCUACCUCGACGUCAGAACCGAGGGCGAGUUCGGCUGCGGGCAUCCGGCAGGAGCGGUCAACAUCCCCUACAUGCACAGCACCGGCUCAGGGAUGGCGAAGAACUCACGCUUUCUCGAGCAAGUGUCGGUGAUCUUCCGGAGGGAUGACGAGUUCAUCAUCGGAUGCCAGAGUGGUAGGAGGUCUCUCUUGGCAGCCACUGAACUUUGCUCCGCUGGUUUCACUGCGGUGACCGAUAUCGCCGGAGGGUUUUCUGCUUGGAGGGAGAACGGACUGCCGAUCAAGCAGUGAUAUCACCGAUUUCUCUGAAUGUUUGUGAAGCAUUAUAAUCUGUCUUGGGGAUUCUCUGCCCUGAGGAUGUAAGCUGGUAUGGUCGUCCUGAUCUCGGAUUCACGACACCACGAUAGCCUACUGAAUAAAUUAAUGGAGCUUAUGAGCCAGUUUAACUUUCCUUUCGGUGCAUUCUGCAAAUCUUUACCUAUUAAUAAAGCAUCUAAUGCUUAUGUCGUC